AUGACGGUGAAACGCUCGCUUCGACGGACCGGACGUCCCGGCAGGGUCACGGGGAAUCAACGAACGGGCGCGUGCGGCCGCCGCGCGCCGGUGGCCGGGCGCGACCCUAUAAAUAUAUGCGGACGAACAACCACCGCUUCGGUAGCGGUGCACACUGUCAAGGACGGCCGUCGGCCAAUCGCGGCCCGUCCUUUGCGGUACGUGCCCACCACCGCUUCGCCUCUUAUAACCUUGCGCCGGCGAUGGGUGGCGGUGAUGGGCGGCAGUGGCGAUCGAUGCGAAGCGGACAGGCGCCGUACGGCCCUAGGUCUUCGCGGACGCCGCGUCGCCGUCCUACCGCUUUGGUUGGUCCAUAGAUGUCGCCGCGAGUUGGUUUUUCGGACGGGUGCCAUAUAA